GAUGCAAAUAGUGAUGCCUGUAUUUUCUUCUUAUGAUCUAUAUUAUCUCGAUUUCCAGACAGCAAAAGGAGCCAAAUUGUAUAGUGCUGCUACAGCUGCUACAGUUGAUGCUCAACUGACUGGAAAAGAGGGAGAAGAGAAGGUCAAGUUACACACACACUCUUACUGUUGUCUAGAUUAUGCACAGAUAUAUGAUGUGGUUAGGUACAGAAUCCAUCGCAUGAAGAAGCUGCUGAAAGAUGAAUUGGACAACAAGAACACAAUUGAAGAAUAUAUCUGUACAAAGUGUGGAAAAAGAUACAAUGCUCUGGAUGCAUUGCGGCUAGUAUCUUUUGAAGAUGACGACUUCCAUUGUGAAAGUUGUAAUGGAAAACUUGAGGUAGAAAGUGACAAGUUUGUUGUUCAAGAAGCGGCUGAUGGAGAUGAUAAUGCAAGAAGAAGACGACAUGAAAAGUUAAAAGACAUGCUUCAAAAGAUGGAGAUACAGCUCAAGCCUUUAAUGGACCAACUCAGCAGGGUGAAAGAUUUGCCAGUUCCAGAAUUUGGUAGUCUCCUAGCAUGGGAAGCUCGAGCUAGUGCUAUGGGGCGUGCAGCCAACGGAGAUAUGGCUGGUGAUUCUAAAAUUUCUCAGCUUGGAUAUAAUGGAGCACCAAUGCCUUAUAGUGGGGAUACUAAGGUAAGAAUUUCCUGUUUUAAGGAUUAUCAUUUCUUCAAAGCAAAGAAGCCAGGCAGUUAUAACCUUGCUAAUUAUUCUGAUUCUUUGCGUGUGGGAGCUAAAGGCUGGAUAACAGUAGCUGGCUGGAUUGCUCUUUUGAGGAGAGACACAUGA